AUGGCGACACCAGAUUUCUCGGAUCUCGAGGCGGUGGACGCGGUGCGGCUGACGUGGAACGUGUGGCCGAAUUCCAAGGUGGAAGCGACCAAGUGCGUGGUGCCGUUCGCGGCGGUCUACACGCCCGCGAAGCGCCUGCCCGAGAUGCCCGUGCUUCCGUACGAGCCCAUCCGCUGCAAGUCGUGCCGCUCCGUGCUGAACCCAUUCGCGCGCGUGGACUUCAUCGGCAAGAUGUGGAUCUGCCCUUUCUGCUACCAGCGCAACCACUUUCCACCGCACUACGCGGCGAUCUCGGAGUCGAACCUGCCGGCGGAGCUGUUUCCGCAGUACACGACGAUCGAGUACACGCUGCCCACGGUGGGCCCGCCCGUCAACCCCGUCUUCCUCUUCCUGCUCGACCUGUGCCUCAUAGAGGAGGAGCUGGGCUACCUCAAGACCGCCGUCUCGCAGGCCAUCGGUCUACUCCCUGAGAACGCGCUGCUAGGCUUGAUCACAUACGGCACGCAGGUGCACGUGCACGAGCUGGGCUUCUCCGACUGCCCGAAAAUGUUCAUCUUCCGCGGCACCAAGGACGUGUCCCGCCAGCAGAUCGUUCAACAGCUCGGCCUCUCCGGCCCAGGCGCCGCAGGCGGAGCAGCAGGAGCCGCGGGGGGCGGAGCGGGCGGGGCAGGGGGAGCGGGAGGGGCUGGGGGAGUGGGGGCGGGUGCGGGAGCGGGGGGGAUGCGGGACGGGGUGCCGGCAGCGGGAGUGGCGCGGUUUUUACUCCCGGCGCAGGAGUGUGAGUUCACAGUGGCGACGGUGCUGGAUGAGUUGAGCAGGGACGCGUUCCCUGUGCCGCUGGGGGAGAGGCCUGCCAGGUGCACGGGCACGGCGCUGAGCGUGGCGACGGCGCUGCUGGGCGCGUGUGUUCCCGGCACGGGGGCGAGGAUACUCAGUUUUGUUGGUGGCCCCUGCACGGAAGGGCCUGGCAUGAUAGUGGGGCGGGAUCUAUCGGAGCCGAUACGGUCGCACAAGGACCUGGACAAGGACGCAGUGGUGCACUACAGCAAGGCCGUGAAGUUCUAUGACGGGCUCGCCAAGCAGCUCGUCGCCCAGGGCCACGUGCUCGACCUCUUCUCCUCCGCGCUCGACCAGGUGGGCAUAGCGGAGAUGAAGGUGGCGGUGGAGAAGUCAGGCGGGCUGGUCGUGCUAUCGGAGAGCUUUGGCCAUCCAGUAUUUAAGGACUCGCUCAAGAGGGUCUUCGACACCGGCGAUACCUCCCUCGGCCUCUCCUUCAAUGGCAUAUUCGAGGUGCACUGCUCCAAGGACAUCAAGGUGCAGGGGGCCAUCGGGCCCUGCUCCUCGCUUGACAGAAAAGGGCCAUUGACAUCAGAUGUGGCGAUAGGGCAGGGGCACACAACGGCGUGGAAGCUGUGUGGGCUGGACGUGUGCACUUCCCUCGCAGUGCUCUUUGAGAUCGUGCCGGCACAGCAGCAGCAGGCGCAGCAGCAGGCAGCCGCACAGGGCUUGCAGAACCCUGGAGCACAGCAGUUCCACCUGCAGUUCACCACCUCCUACCAGCACCCGUCGGGGGAGACGCGGUUUCGAGUGACAAGCAUCACGCGGCGGUGGGUGGAGGGCGCGAGCUCAGGCGACCUGGUGGCGGGCUUCGACCAGGAGGCCGCUGCUGCUGUGGUCGCCAGAAUCACCGGCUUUAAGAUGGAGACUGAGGAGGAGUUUGACGCCACGAGGUGGCUGGACCGGCUGCUGAUCCGUGUGUGCAAUAAGUUUGGGGACUACCGCAAGGACGACCCUGCCUCCUUCUGCCUCUCGCCCAACCUCUCGCUCUUCCCGCAGUUCCUCUUCAACCUGCGCCGCUCGCAGUUUGUGCAGGUGUUUGGCAGCAGUCCAGACGAGACGGCGUAUUUCCGAAUGGUGCUCAACAGAGAGAGCGUGCUCAACUCCCUAGUCAUGAUCCAGCCCACGCUGACAGCGUACUCGUUCAACUCGCCGCCAGAGCCGGCGCUGCUGGACGUGGCAGCCAUCGCAGUGGACCGCAUCCUGCUGCUCGAUGCAUUCUUCUCCGUCGUCAUCUUCCAUGGCUCCACCAUUGCUCAGUGGCGCAAUGCUGGUUACCACAACCAACCCGAGCACCAGGCCUUUGCGCAGCUGCUACAGGCGCCGCAAGCGGACGCAGCGGCCAUCAUAGCAGAGCGGUUCCCCGUGCCACGACUCGUGGACUGCGACCAGAAUGGCAGCCAGGCCCGGUUCCUACUGGCGAAGCUGAACCCGUCGGCAACAUACAACAGCGCGUCAGCAGUGCCCGGGGGAGAGGUCAUUCUCACAGAUGACGUAUCACUGCAGGUUUUCAUGGAGCAUCUGCAACGGCUGUCUGUGCAGUCGUAG